AUGUGUGAUGUCCGAUUAAUGGAGAUCAGGGCGCGGAAAGGCCCCCCAGCGUGCUCGGUUCGGAAGGCUGGAAAUACUCAUGUGGAUGAGCGAGAGGACGAGCGGCUUGAGACGCAUGGCUUGGUCGUCUGUGCAGUCGAUCAUCUCGGAGUUACUUAUAACUCCCCAUCCAAUUUUGGGUUGUUGUUGUUGUUGUUGUUGGCUGUGUCGGAUUGUUGUGAGUUGGACCCCGAGUAG